AUGUCAAUCAUUCCGUACAAUCCGAAUAAUGAUAUUUUGUACCACAACCCUGAUGAUGGUGUACUUAUCCUUCACGAUACUGAAGAAAAUUCCAUUCAAUUGCUUUCCAAUCUAAAACAAGAAACGAGUGAACCUCGGUUUAACACAAGGUCAUCAUCUAAUGGGUUUGACACCAAACGUUUUCAUUCCUUUGCUGAUAACUCAGAUAUUAGGAAAUGUCCUAGUUGCGGGUUCACUUGGAACGAAUUCGAGACCAGGAACUCAACACGGAGGAGUUCAGUUGGAGCUCAGGCUAUCUCAGGCGCAACCAAACUAAAUGAUUUUAUAAGAACCUACUCCAAACCUUUCAUGCGUGGAGACUAUUUCAAAUUAUUAGCUCAGAUUCCAUAUUCUGAAGAGGAAAAGCAAAAGACAAGCACCAAAGGCAUUCCUUCAGGAAUAUUCAAUCAAGGUUAUUUUGAAAGAUUUUUUAGAAAAGUAGGUCAAAAUCCGUUGGGAUCCGGAGCACGUGCUCAAGUCUACAAGGUCGAACAUGUAUUCAACGAUAUCGCUUUGGGGACCUACGCCGUGAAAAGAAUAAGUAUCGGAGACAAGUUUGAACAUUUAGAGCAAGUGUUGAAUGAGGUGUUGAUUCUAUAUGAGUUAUCUGCAAAGAGUGCCGGAGAAAACAACUUAAUUCGUUAUAAUCAUGUGUGGUUGGAAUUGGGCGAAUUGGAAGAUCUGAGCUCAUUUUUUCUACAAACUGACUACUUCAACACAAAUGGUCUUAAAAAAGUGCCUUACAUGUUUAUAUUACAACAAUACUGCGAUGGCGGGCAUCUUGAAGGCAUCAUCGAGAAGAAUUUUCCUGUAGAGGAGAAUAUGAGCUAUUCUGAAAAGGUGAAGUUGGAGAAAAAACGAAGAAAGUUGCAAAGGUUGGGCAUUGUAGAAGAUGAGAAACGGAAUUGGCUAACGAAUUUCGAAAUCUGGAAAUUUUUUCACGAUAUUACAAACGGAGUGAACUACUUACACAAGAAUGGUAUCCUACAUCGUGACUUAAAACCAUCUAACUGCUUGGCCGAUGAAAAAUAUGUUACUGCUGAAGUACCGGAAUUAUUUGACACAAUUGAUCAGUUUGAAGAGAAGGUGUUUGAAUUGCCAAAAAUUCUCGUAUCAGAUUUUGGGGAAGGCAAAUUUACAGAAAAGCACAAGAACACAGGAUUGAAAAAGGCAAGUAAGAGAGAAGGUAAUACUGGUACAUUGGAGUUCACAGCCCCGGAGUUGUGGUUGUGUUCAAAUGAUAGCCGGCUCAUCAAUGAAUUUUCAUACGAAAGUGAUAUAUAUUCGUUAGGGUUGAUACUUUGUUACUUGUGCCUCGGCACCUUACCAUUUGCAGACUCAAUAAGAGGUGAGGUGGACCCAGAAGUUUCCAGAGAACAGAUUCAAAAUUGGUAUAAAACUCUCUCUUAUGAAUCAUUCGGAUCAUGGUUCGAAGAAACCUUGAAUAAGAGAAAAAGGGUCUUGAACGACUGUAUGUCCGAUUUCAAGUGGCUAAUUUAUGAAAUGAUCAAGGGUAGCCCGGAAGUCACCGCAAAUGGUGACGAGAAUGCAAGAUUGAACUCAAGAGAAGUUCUUGUGUUUCUACAUGAAAUGAAAUGGAGAAGAUUAAUCAAGUCAACAGAAUUUCCGGGAAAUUGGGACAGCAAACAUAAAGCUCUGCUGUCAGAUAUAGAGGAGCUUAGUUUGUAUCCGCCAAGGCAAUUAGAGUGUCAGCCAAAAAACGAAGAUCCAUUUGAUGAGGAGGAAGAGGAUUUAAAAUACGAAAAAGAGAACGAAACUGAUCACUUGAAUUUGACAGAAGAAGAAUUCGAACCUCAACCUGUUCCAUUGCUCGACUUUACACCCAAGCUGACGAGGAGUGAUUUUGUGAUAGGUCAUCGCACUACGUUGCCACUUUACAGUCUUGAGCUUUUAUUAUUGGAAUACUUGUCACUAUAUUCGCCCCACUUUUCUCAAGUUAUUUUGAAAAUUGCAAUAUAUGUCACAGUAACAUUGGAUCUAAUCUUCGAAAAAUACAACGCCAUCAGAUCCAGCUUGUUUGCAUUAACUUUUAUUUCCCUAUGUAUAGUUUUAGCAUACACUAUAGGAGGCAGCACUGACCAUGAAUAG